AUGAGUGAUCAUAAUCAGUGCAGUGGCGUAAGCUUUGAUCAGGAUAAUCCUAACGAAAUGGAGGUAGGCAUGCAAAUGCCUUCAUCUGGUCGAAAGCGCCUGCAUUCGAGCGGAAGUUCGAGUUCCUCUCAAUCUGACUCAUCCGAUUUAGAGGUAAAAAGGCGGAGAACGGGUGAGUCAGCUUCAGACAUUAAUAAUCUUGUCAAUCAAGUAUCUAUUUUGACUAAUAUUUUAAUGCAAAAUAUGUGUGCAUCGAAUGUUACUGCUAACAAAAGUGUAACGGCAAUAAGUGACGUUCAAUCGAGUGGGCUACCCGUAUCAGAGCCAACACCGGGGCCUAGCACGUCAUGUUUAAAUUUUAAUUUAACACGGCCUGCGGCCGUUCAUGAGAGCUUCGUUAAUAACAUUCCCCGUUUAAAUUUGGGUGUUGUCAAUACAUCCUCUAAGGAACCUAAAGUACCUAAAGCUAAUCCGGAACAUUUGCACCGGCUUGAGGUUUUACAAAGAUUCGGUGAUACAGCUUGGAAAGAUGUUCGGUAUAAUGAUGUGUUAAAAAUCCAUAACGCCGCGCCUGGCUUCGUUGAGCUACAAAUUAAUGAUGAUCUCAGGCAAUUUAUUAAAGGCAAAGAUUACGUAGCAAGUUCUGAAAGAUUAAUAGCUGCUUUAUGCAACGCAUUGAUCUCUCAGCGAGAGGUUCUCAAUCAUUGUUUGCAGCAAUUUAUUGACUGGACAGCUUUACCAGACAGUACGCUGUCGCCUUCAAAUAUUUACGAUAAAAUAUCUGAGUGUUUCCUACCCUCAUCUAAAUUUCAUAAAAUUAGUGAGGAGAUUAUGCAAUUAGUGUGCGGGAAACGGGCGGAAUAUAUUGAAACUCGUAGGGAGCGUAUCCUUAGUGAGAUUUCAAACAAGAAUUUGCGUGAGGGUCUGCGUAAGAUUCCUCCGAGUUCUAGCUUUUUAUUUGACGAAACUCUACUGCGGUCCUAUAUUCAGAAUACGGGUGGAUCAGAUAAAUGGCUCCUUGGUUUUCUUCUGAGAAGAGCCAGGCUGUCAAUAGUCGUAAAGUGCCUAGCAAGCCAGUUCAGCACAAUUUUCGAGACUUAUCAAAUCAGCCCUUUCGUCAAAAAGCUAACGAGUCAAGUUAUCGGAAAAACCAUAGCACAAGCUCAUUCAAGCAGAACACUAAGAGCAAGAAAUCCCAAGCCUUUGUGCAUC